CCGCAGAGUGACACGUCGUGAUUCAAGAAUUUCUGCGUUUCGGUCGGCUUGGGGUGAAAGUGUUGGAUAUGAACACAAUUAUGUCUUUGUAGAAAUGGAGUUAUCGUAAUAGAAUCAAUUCAUCCGAGUGUCUUAACGUCAACAUUUUCUGUGUAAAAGCACGCGACUCCUUGGGUUCUGUGGAGUCGGAGCUAGUUUUCGCCGCUACAGGAGGAUGACACUUUGGACGUUGCCAUCAGUCUACGCUAGUUUCUCGUGCAGUUCGGCUGGAGGUCCUCUCGAAGGAAGUGGACAGUAGCGGCGCGAUUUGUUGGCAGAUAAUUUUUAGUUAGUGCAUUCUAUUGUGUUCCCGCAGCGGCUACUAACUGAUUGAUGAUGAUAAGAACACCGAGGUAAUGAGUGGAAAAAAUAAUCUUCAGUGCAGUACGUUAGAAAACAGCAAAUGACGGUGUUUGUGAAUGUUUAAGCAUCAAUCGUAGUGCCUUGGAGAAUACGAAAACAGAGAAGCAGUUCAGCAAAUUGAACUAAAUCUGGAAAUUUGUUACUUUCUAUGCAGUUCUGAACGGGCCUAUCUGAUCAAUUGUUGCGAUCCCUUUAUGAGCUACCAGUACCGCUGCCGGUCGUUGUUUGGAUCACCAAAAAAUAAUGGUUCCAUUUUAGAUGUUUCGCCUCGCCCGAUUACAGACUGAUUGGCAACGUGCAACCGCAUCACUACACCUAGAGGUGAGCGUCGUCCAGUCCAACAGGCCCAUGCCACUGAGAGUAGCCUAGAGAAGGGGCCACAACUAUUGACGCCUCUGGUGCUGCUGUUGGCAGCAUCACCACCACCUUCGCUACUACCACCAAAUCCGUGGCAAAGCCAGUUAUGUACGGAUUGCUACUGGAAAAUCUUUCCGAGUACAUAAAAAACGUCUACGGCGAGGACAAGUGGGAUGACAUCCGACGACAGACUGGUAUCUCAUCGCCGUCGUUCAGCGUGCACGAUGACUACGACGAGAACCUGCUCAAUCACCUGGCGUCCAAGGCGCAGGAGAUUCUUGGAGUAUCUGAACGUGACUUCAUGGAUCAAAUGGGAGUAUAUUUUGUGAAUUUCGUCAGUCAGUACGGAUACGACCGGGUGCUGUCGGUGUUGGGUCGUCACAUGCGGGACUUUCUGAAUGGGUUGGAUAAUUUGCACGAGUAUCUCAAAUUCUCGUACCCGUUGAUGCGUGCGCCCAGUUUCAUCUGUGAAAAUGAAACACGUCACGGUCUCACGCUGCACUAUCGCACCAAGCGCAAAGGCUUCGUUUACUACACAAUGGGGCAAAUCAGAGAGGUGGCGCGACAUUUCUAUCACAAAGAAAUGCACAUUACUCUUGUUAAAUCGGAUCUACUUGGGGAAACCAACCACUACACCUUUCAGCUGACGUUUGAUAAUCGAGCCUUUUCUUUGGCGACGCUGGCGAUGACGCGGGAAGAGAAGCAUUUACCUAUCAGCGCUUCAGUAUUGUUCGAGAUUUUCCCGUUUUGCAUCGUUUUCGGUGCCGACAUGAUCGUACGCAGCAUAGGAAACUCACUGAUGGUUAUCGUUCCCGAUCUGCUGUCCAAAAAGAUUACCGAUUGGUUCGAGCUAAGACGUCCGCUAAUUGCGUUCAAGUUCCAAACGAUUCUCAACCGCACGAACAACAUCUUCGAGCUGGUCACAAUGGAAGCGGUCAACAAACGAUCGGAUAAUCUACGAAAGACUGAAUUAUUUCUCAACGAUCAAGAGGAGGAGGAAGUCGAGAAACAUCUACGGCUCAAGGGACAGAUGAUCUACAUGGAAAACUGGCGCAUGAUUAUGUUCCUGGGAACACCGGUCAUGCCCAAGCUAUCCUCAUUGACCAGUACCGGUUUGUACAUAAACGAUUUAUCAAUGCAUGAUUUUAGCAGAGAUCUCAUGCUGGCUGGUACCCAGCAAUCGGUUGAACUUAAGCUGGCUCUCGAUCAAGAACAGCAAAAAUCGAAAAAGUUGGAGGAAUCCAUGCGUAAGUUGGACGAGGAGAUGCGCCGAACCGAUGAGCUGCUGUAUCAGAUGAUACCGAAACAGGUGGCCGAUCGGUUGAGGCGCGGCGAGAACCCAAUCGACACAUGCGAGAUGUUCAACAGUGUUUCUGUGUUGUUUUCGGACGUUGUUACGUUCACCGAAAUCUGUAGCAGGAUCACUCCCAUGGAAGUGGUGUCGAUGCUGAAUGCCAUGUAUUCGAUAUUUGAUACGCUUACUGAGAGGAACAAUGUAUAUAAGGUUGAAACGAUAGGUGAUGCUUACAUGGUGGUUUCAGGUGCCCCCGAAAAGGAACAAAACCACGCCGAAAAAGUUUGCGAUAUGGCCUUAGAUAUGAUAGAGGCAAUUACGGACUUGAAGGAUCCCUCAACCGGAUCUCACCUGAGGAUUCGAGUAGGUGUCCACUCCGGUGCUGUUGUGGCAGGUAUUGUAGGACUUAAGAUGCCCCGCUACUGUCUGUUUGGGGAUUCUGUGAAUACGGCCUCCAGAAUGGAGUCCACCAGUCAGGCAAUGAAAAUUCACAUAUCACAAUCAACGAAAAAUUUCUUGCCUUCAAAUUACCACGUGUCCGAGCGUGGAGAAAUCGACGUUAAGGGGAAAGGUACAAUGAAAACAUAUUGGCUAGAUUACCGGGAAAAUCGACCUCCGCUUCAAAUGCCAAACGAGGAUACGAAAACUCGCGCAAUUGAUUACAUCGAAUCGAGUAAAGAUCGUCGCGUUAGCAUAUCAACAAACUUUAUCCAAUACAAGCAGUCUAGCGGAGGUAUUAAUUCAGCAGGUACGGAAGAUCGACGCGUUUAUUCGCCGGUAACUUUCGAAGAAGUUGCCCGGCGAAGCAUUGCUAAUUCACCAGUUAAGUUGCACAGUUUUGGAGCCCGUGGGCGGGAAAAUAGAUCCAACUCCACCGGCCACGCUUUUAUGCACAGCGUUUCAGAUGUGUUCGGUUCUUUGGUGAACGAUACCGAGGAGUUUCUGGAAGAUUUGCAGCACAGGAAUUCACUGAGCAACACCCAUUACCCGCCGUCGACACCUUCGUCGUGUGCGUUUAGUCCUCCGCCAGGGUUCAGACCCAAAUCUAAAUCGUACGUUCCUGGACAGUUCACCCAAGAGGAGCUGGAUCUCCUCUCGAACGCCACAACUCCUACGGCACAGAGUCCAAUGGAACAGCAGGAAAUAUCCGCCAAAAAAUCGAAUUUAGUCAACAAGUCACAGAACGCGGUGGCUACUACAUAUGAACAGCAGAAAGCUAUUAACCGAAAAGUCAAGCUCGAAAGUGUUCAACAGAAACAGAACGAGGCGCUGAAGAAACUUGAUAGGAUGGUUCAAGAAAUCUACGAAACGGAUCUGCCAGGAAUGUGUUUCAUGAAUCCUCCGUCCUCCCGAUCGGAAGGAAAUAUCUGCAAGUCCAACUGUAGUAGGUCGGUAGAAACGCAAUGCAACAGCAUUGAUAACAACAAUAUCCACAACCACAAUACAAACUAUUAUUCUAAUCAGCCCGAUAACUGUUUUGCACUGUAUAGCUUAAACAUCUACUUUCCCGUUACAUGUUCCGCCUCAUCGUCAUGUCCUUCCCGUUCAUCGUACUGCAACAACAACAACAACAACAACAACCACGUGAAUACGAAUUGUUCCUACGGCACCUCCAACGCUUCUUGUAGAUCCCAGGCACCUCCACCACCGCCAGCCCCGUCGGCUUGCGAACACACGCAAACCUUACCUCAAUACUGUCACAGUUGUGGUGGCUCGGCAAUGGUUGGCGCCGCCGGCAAAAUGGCCCAGAGUAUUAGCUUUACCCACGCGAAAGACCACAAAUGUUGUCCAGGGUAUUCCGCCAUGGCGCAUCACCAGAACGGACGCCAUCACAAAGUGCACUCCAAUGCGUGUCAGAUUAUUUAGAGUUGAGAGCUUCUCGCUUUUAGAGUAGUUAACAUGUUUUCCUGUGCGUUUUUUCGUGUGUUGGAGGAAUGAUAGUUGUGACUGUGAGGUCAACCCAAAGACGGGUGAGUGUUCAUGCGUGCCCUGGAAGGUUUACUUAAUGUAUUUUCCACCUCUUAUUAGAAACUGAAUCUGUGUUUUAGAAUAGUGAUGAUUUGUGGAUGCUUUGGUCUACUGUAAACGGUGUAUAAUGGAAUGAGGUGGAUUUUAUUGGGGUUUUUGUUUCAUCAAGGCAGAUCCAUUUCGACUUAUGACACGCAUUUUAUAAUUUGAUUUUUAUUCAGUUUGUAAGGUUCAUAGACUUCGUUCAAUGACUUCUCUACCAUUGAUUUGUUACAGUAAGAUUGAAGUGCUGCUCCGAAAAUGCGUGUUUCAUCGAUACAAAUUGGUGGAAGUCGGAAGGAUCCAAGAGUAAUGAGUAAGAUGCAUGUGAGAGAACCUCCCAACCAUUUCAAUCGUUUUCUUGAAUGGUUCUGGAAUGCGUGAUGAAAUAUUAUCAUGCAACAAUAUCACUUUGUGUUGCCUUUCUUGAUACUCUGGAAUUUGUUUUGGUUGAAACCCUUUGCUAGACGUCAAAAUGGCAUUUGAUUAUGCCAUUAGACGCCAUUGAUUAUUUCCCGUUUAGGUUUAGGUUUUGGACUACCAUUCUCGAAAGCGUCGAAGGAAGAGACUCCCAAUUUGAUCUCUGUUGUUCCCUUUCUCAAAACUUAUGAACCAUAUUGACCAGUAGAAAACAUAGAUAAAGAGUUAUAAUAUACAUUUUAAUGCUGAAGUUGUUAUGUUAUGAGCCCCGCGUCGGUCCUUAGGGGCCGACGUUGAGCUUUUUGGUAGGAAAACGCUGAAUGACUGAGGCUGACAGUUAUAAAAUAAGAAAAUAAAAAUAUAUAUGGUUUGUUUUCGGAUGUUUUACAGAAUUUAAUUACUUUCUAGUCGAAUUUAUAAGUAUCUUUGGGAGCUGGGACCGACACUGAUAUUGUUGAAAUGCUCGUGAUGCGGGCUAAAUGGAAAGCGCAGAAAGAAAAAAAUUUAGACUUAACACGUGUUAAUUACGUUAUGAAUGGCCGUUACAAUUUAAGGAGUCGGGUGUGGGCCACCUUCCCCUACACAUUUUUUCUACUUUGCCAUUGCUUAGUUUCACAAAGAAUAUGUUUUGUUCAGUCGAAGCUACGACCAUGAGGAUAAAAAUAUAGUUCACUUUGAAAAAGAAUAGAAAGCGAUUCUCACGAAGCAAGUUAAACUACAUAUUAUCUAGAAAAGGUGGCAGACCUCGAGAGUUUUAUUAUUUUCAUGGGACCUCCAAUGAGACUGAAUCAUAGGCUACCUCUAUGCCUAAGAAAACUAAAACCAUUUGCGUAAGUCUUCUAAGCAGAGGAAAACUAUCAUUCGUCUUCAGUGGCGUUGAGUGAAGCUUUCGCACACGGUGCGGAUAUGUCUAGUUGCACAAAAAAAAGUUUGAACAAAUGCCAUGUAAGAUCAAUUCAUGCAUUGUAAUAGUAAAUCCUCCUUUUACGUUUGAUAUGAUGCCUAGGACUACCAAAAUAUGGGACGGAAGAAUUGUCAAACGAUCAUUGUAUUUUAAAAUUCCCUCUGAAAUUAUUGCAUUUCUCAUGUUUACGUAGUUCUCGAACCGCCAAAGUUCAUUCACAUUCAUUCAAAGUUCUAGUAUCUGAAAUGACGAUUUUCCUAGGCUUUCCAGUUCAGAAGUACGUUUUAGGGCAACAUUUUCCGGUCUGCAUAAAGACAAGCGAGAUCAAAAGUACUCGCAGCUUGCAUGUAUCUGCAAAGCGGAUUCCCCUAGGCACAUUGAUAUUGAAGUCCGUGUUAGGAAAACACAGGUUGGUGGGAACAAAAAUACACCCUGCUUGCAUGUAUAUUUGCAAAGCGGAUUCCCACAGGUGCAUUGAUUUUGAUGUCUGUGUUGGGGAAACCAUAGAUUGGGCCAAUCAAAACUUGCCAGUCAGUGCGUUUAGAUAACGCUUGACAUUUUACAGUUAUUCAACUGUUUAUCUCGUGGAAAAUAACAUUUCAAUAAUUGUGAUAGAAAUAUUUCCUAUCAAUUGAUGCAAACAUAUUUCCGAUCUAUUAAGAAAUGUUCGAAUUAUAAGCAUACGGAAUCUUUCAUUUUUUUCCUGCAUGUUCUGUAUUUAGGCUUUCAUUUCAUACCCAUAUACUCCAUUCGUUGCGUGGACACCGACUGGACAACAUCGUUGCUGGACGAGCUGGACGGCGAGGGAUCGAGUGCCUUUCUCAAGGCAAGAGGGUGGAGGUGUAGUGCUGGAGUAGAGUAAAGUUUUCUAAGGGCCUUUCUCUACGCUAGAGGCGAAUGAACUGAAAAAGUUAUAGUCUAUAAUACAAAACCUUCCUUCCAUAUACUCCGGUUAAACGUAGUCCCACGUCAAAAUCAAUUCUAUCCAAAGCAUUACAAACUUAUUUAAAAUGUACUGUACGGUUGAGAAAUCACACUUUAUUAAAAUCAUUUACAAACAUAUCAAAAAUGAAAUGUACUCUUCGGGCCUCGAUUGUAGCAAAAUUAUUUAUAACUUGAAAAUUGUACAGCAUUUUUUUAAUGAAUAAUUUAUUCUGACCGAAAAAAAUAUUCCACUUGGAGGUGUGAUACUGCAUUUUUUAUUACUCGAUAGUUUCCGAAAUCUUUGAACCAAUUUUGAUAAAUCUCAUAAGGAUACUAAGAACAACAAUAAUUUUCAUAGAAAAUCUAUUGAAAUGAAGCAAACAAAUGAAAUAAAUAACCUACUACAUUAUAUGUCCUAACGUUAGAAGUUCUCGAUUGGUUUUUGAUCUGGAGAAUAAGCUGGCUAGUCCAGAAUCCCUGUUCAAUAAACCAUGUCAAGCUCACGAUGGUUUCGGUGCAAAGGCGGCUGUACUGAAGUACUGAAUCAACUCUCACUGAGAAAAUUUUCCCUAAUCCAUCGAAUAUUCGCCUUCAAAGUUGCGAGUCAAAAAAUAACAUAACUCGUUCCGUAUGGCCCUCCAGUAUGAAGCAAUUGAGAUAGGCAGUGUCAAUACCCUGGAAAAAUAUCCAACUUUUUGUUCAUUUUUACUCCUGUGAAAACAAUGAAAAUCCCUUUCAUAUUUUAUAUUUAAUCAAUCAAUUUCGAUAAGAGUAUAUUGAACUACUCCAAUUUUUUUAUUUUUAAGAGACAUUUUGUAAAACGUAGGUUUCCAAUUGUACAAUCGAAAACAUCGUUAAUCCUUCAUAAGGCAAUAGCAUCUAUGUUGCCACUCAUAUAUUUUUUCGCUGCACUUGGAAUAUUGUUUUAUUAAUCUUCUUAACCAAAGACUUCUAAGGAUAUUUAGUAAUGCUCCAUUUUUUGAGCUGCUAAAAGUGUAUGAUAUUAUUUGUUUGUUUGUUUGUUUAUUCAUACUUGUAGAGUAAGGGUUCACCCUUAUAAAAUUUUGUAAGUUGUUUUUAUGUAAACAAAUUGUGAUUUUAGAACGCUUACAGAAUAUUAUGUUUAAGUUCGUUGAAAAUCCAGUAAUUAGUAAAUUUUUCAAGUCUAUUUAGGACAUAUCGUGUAAGGUCGAGCAGGUUUUUUGAUAAAAUAAAAGGUGCGUUAGAUGAAAAAUUCCCAAUUUUCAAUUUUCCCUUUGUAAGGCAGUUGCAACUGUAUUGCAACAAAAAAAAAAUUUUCGCUGCACUAAAAAUGAUGUUUCAAUAUUUUGUUUAACCAAAGAAAAGACCUCUAUCUAAUUAUUGAGGUAGAUCAUUUUGGUUUGUCCAAUCGAAAAUAUGAUCAUGGUUUGUCCACUUCUUUGAAUGCUCUAAUUCAGCGCACCUGUGUCAAAUCAGGUAUUCGGAUGUUUCAAAACAUAUAGAUAAAAUUGUCUUAUUCGUGAUUUACAGUAGUUUGUAGUAUAUUUUCAUGGAUUCACAUGUUUUAAAGGAUUAUAAAAUUCACUUUCUAUUGUUGUUAAUGUGCCCCUUAUCCGAGCUAACUUUACGAAUAUUGUAAACAUCAUGCUUGCACGCCAUUUGUAUCACAUUUACAUAGCUAAACCAUGUAAUUAAUGCAUUUCGAUGACCUCAAUUCAGAUCAUGAGUUGUCCAAUUCACUAAUGUUGUUUUGUCCACAUGAUUUCUAUGGCAACCGCUUGGCGCGCUGCAGUUUGUUUAUUGUGUCCUUCGCGCAUAGCAGAAAUAAAGUUUCUCUGUGUUUAGUGUGUUGAGAUGAACACUUUUUAAAUGCUCAAGAAAAGGCGAUAUUCUGAAGAAAGCCUAAAUUAUGAAUGGGUCAAUAUGAUGACAGUAAACUCAAGCAAUGAGAAAUGCAACAUCUACUUAAAAAUUCGAAUUUUUUCAUUCAAAAAUGGUGGCGAUUUCUAAAACCGGACAAACCAUGAUAAUUUUUCGGACAAACCAUGAUCAUAAUUCCUCUUUAAGGAAAAUCGUUAAAUAAAACAUAAAAAUUUGAAUAAUUUCAACGCCUGAUAGUAUUAACAACUAGAGAAUUGGGGCUUUUCAACAAACCCAAACUCGUCUUGUUUAUAUGUGAUUUUCAUGAAGAAAAAUCGAUUUGCAUUUACUAGUUGGGUGAAAACACUCAAAAUCGGACAAACCAAGAUCAUUUACCCUACAUUGUUCCAUUUUAUUUUAUAUCUGACAUAAAGUGAGCUUUUAAGGGAACGACAAAAAAAUUAUCCUCUGCGUUUUUUGUGUUAACGGGUUGUGGCAACUAUAUUGCCAUCUUUUUAUUUCGAUUGAUCCAAUAAUUUAUUUUUGAUCAAAGGUAAAUAUGUGUUUUCCUGAAGUAUGAGUUGUUCCUUUGCUUAGUUUCCACGGACUUAUAAAUUAUAAUUUAAUUUGUUCGUCUUACAUCUCGCUUUUCUACAAGACAAUAUCGCUAUUCGACGAUACGAUUUGAGAUCGAUGUGUGUAACAAAUCCUCCAUGAAAUUUAGCUUCGUGGCCGGAUAUUCGGCUCUUUAUUUGGAAAUACGAGUCUGGGAGAAACUGCAUGUGUGCACGAAGCAAAUAAAGGGAUACAUUUUAGGAAUUAAUAAAAACAUUUUUAACAUAAAAAAGAUCUAUGAUUAAAUUUUUCGUAUAUAAUGAAUAUCCCUGAAGUUUUCUGCAUGGAGUUUCCCAAGUUUUCUGCAUGGAGUAUUGAACAGAUUUUUUUAUGUUAAGGAUUUGAAAACAGAACAGCUUACAAUGAUGAAAUUGGGUAUAUUGAAAUAAUUUUAAUACUAAUUGAGAAAGAGUAAGUACGAAUUCAAAUAAGCAAAGAACAUCAAUCAAUUAUAUUCAUUAAUGAUUACAAAAUAUGGAACUGUCUUCAGGGAUGAUAAUCUGAGAGAGAGAGCACACUUACUUCACCACAAAUCAAAUUAAACGAAGCAAAAGAGACGAAACUGAAUCAAACAUUACACGCGAAGCUCAUGGCACCUUUUGGAACUGCUUCAACGAAGUGACAGACAAAAAUGAAAUUCAACAUCGCGGUCAGGAAAAAAAAUCCCAUUGCUAACGAAAUCGACUGUUAUGCAAAAACAUUCUGAAUCAAUCGCAAUCACGUUUCUUACGUUUGAUGGACAUUAAACUUUAAGCAGUACCCGAAUUGACAAGGUUUGCUAGAGUUUAUCAUUCAGUUCCUUGCAGUAGUGUUUACAGAGAACGACUGCCAUCUGAAGCUGACCUGAUGUACGAAGCAAAGCGUAUUCGGUCGGCUAAAAAUAUAUAAUAAAAGUCAUAGUGGUAAUGAAUGAAUGUUAUGAGUGAAUUUUAAUUUUAUUUUGAAAAAAUAACAGAAAAAAUGGAAGGAAUACUUCAGAAUAUGCAGAAAUUGAACUGCUGAUUUGACUAGUGUAUUUCUCUUUUAUACACUCAUAAUUAACACCAACUGGAAAGGAAUUGUAGAGAAAGAGUCUUACUCAACGCUGAAGUCACCAAUAAAAACAAUUAUUUUAAGUACUUAAUAGCCUCCACAUAUUCAGGGGUCAGCGACUUCCGACUUCCAAAAGCUUCUAGUUUUUUAGUUCCAUAUUUCAUGAUUUUUCGAAACUAAACUUGGCAACGCGGUUUGUAAUUCUAUUCUCCAAUGCCUUGAAGUCAUUUUUUAGAUACCGAUGCAAGUAUCGAAAAUUUGCUAUAAGAUGGUAGCUCUGUAAGCUUGAUGCUAAGCGUUAUACUGUUAUACGGGUGUACAAAAGACCGUUGAAAUUCCAACGAAAGUUUGUCCUCAGCGAAGCUUUGGGAGAGGAAAUAUUUAUUUUUUCAUAUUUGUUAUGUUGAUUUAAAUUCAGAAAUUUUUGUGAACUCUGUUAGUGAAAAUGCCAUAUUCACCUACAAUUUAUUUUAUAUUGAAAGAUUUGUUUAUUCAUUCUUCGUCUGUACUUUGUCUAACUUCAGAAGUGAAAUAUUUCGAUUCAAUUUGAAUUUUUUCCAGAGAAUACUAUCAACAAUAUUUAAAUUUUUAGCUAUGAUUUUAUGAUAUUUCUAAUUGGUGAUGGGACUGAUUCUGCAGCGUCUCAAUGUAAUAAUAUGUAGUAUACUCCAAGAAAACGUGUUUUCGUCUGAGCGUAAAAAGAUUAUGCAUUUUUUGAGUAACAUUGGAACCAUUCGAAUCGAAAACAAAUCUUGAUAAAUAUCAACAUAUAUUAUGACAAGCUAAUUUUCAAUUCAUCUCAUUCCAUUAUCAUCGCUAACAGAAGAACAAAUGCCACAGUUCGAAGCCUGUAUAAAAUCAAUGAAACAUAGGUGUGUGAUCUGGUAGUUCCCGGUUCCAAAUUUCACCAUGUAGGUAAAUAAAUUUUAGGAACGAAUGUACUUCGUUAGCAAAGCUUUAACUAGUUUCGUGUGAUGGUAGCUAAAAUGGAAGGAAAACAGAGCGAUGAUUUUCGAUUGUAAGGACGGAUUAUUUAUAGUGUGUAUGUAAAUGUAAUAUGUGUAGAACCGCGUAUUUCGAACCACACAAAGGCAAAAAGAGAGCGUUUUGAAUGAUCAAAAUAGUUGAGAACUGAAACCAAAGCUUAUGCAUUUAGAUUUCGAAUGCGACAGAAGCAUUGUCCAUGACUGUACUAACACAAAUAAAACCAAAUAAUAUUAUCUUAUUACUAGCAAGAAUUCGAACUAAUCAACGAAGGCACCAAGAAGCAAGAUGCUCUGCUGUUUCACGAUGAAAUUGUUUAUUUUUAAUCAAUGCAACAGAUAAUUAAGUUCAAGAUAUCCACAUUGGCGACGUUUAACAUUUUAACGAAAUAGUAGUUAUAUUUUCAUCCAUUGUUCAAUAGCCGCCUAACCUAAUCGAAGGAAAUAAACUGAUCAGGAUUGUAACGGACAAUAAACUAGCGCAAGAAUCAUCAAACUAGGUUCAUAUCAAGAAAUAGAAGAAAAAACAGGCAAACAUUUCAAUUAGUAUAUGUUGUACAUACUCGGACAAUAAAGAAUAGGCAAGCGUUUGCGAUUCA